AUUACUCAUUGACCGACCGACUUCUUGAUGACUCGACCUCGACAAAAUUUAAAAAAAUAAAUUUACUCAAAACAAAUAAUCUUUACCUACCUGUUUCAACUUCACCUGUUCCCUCAUCUGUAUCUAUUAUUGAUACUCCAUAGCGUAUUCAACACCUGUACAUAUAAUUAUUCUCCCAUAGUCACUCUCAAUGAUCAUUCGAAUAUACUAAAACUAAUAAUAACAACUCCACUUGCGAGUCUCGAAAUAGCGGCAAACAUGACGAGUAAAGGCGCGAAACAGUUGCCGCAUGAACGGCGAAAAGGGGAAGCUGCCCUAAGCGACUUUGCUGAGUUCGUUGAAAGGCAACAAGCGUUGCGCUAUCCGAGCGCCAAAGGUGCCAACCAUGUUGAGCACCACGAAGAGCUCGAUAUUCUCGACUCUCUCAAUUUAGGCGACUCUGAACCCCAGGUACCAUUGCGCAACCUCCUCCUUGCCCCUUCCGACGACACAACAGCCCAACAGAAGCUUUCCGAAUACAUUAACGAACGACUCCUGGAAGGUCAUGGCGAGGCAGUCUUCGAUUUGGGGUUCGAGAAUAACGGUGAAUCAAUGCGCCUUACCCGUGACGAGUGGGACAUCGCAUUGGAUCGAUUAAAAGGAACAGCCAAAAAGACGAGUGCGGAUUGCGACGUAUUGCUUACAAAGAAUGUUGGCGGCGACGUCGAAGCCGAGUCAACAACUGCAGGGAAUCAGAGCAAAGACACAGACUGCACUGGGAAAAUAUUAAUACGGCAGAAUCCUCCGACAAUAGAGCAGGUUAUCGAAACGAGAAUAGCUGUUGUUGGUAAUGUUGACGCCGGGAAAAGUUCCAUGCUUGGGGUCUUAGUUAAAGGAGAUCUCGAUGACGGGAGAGGUAAGGCACGUGUCAAUCUCUUUCGUCAUAAACACGAGAUCGAGACCGGCCGCACAAGUUCCGUCGGGAUGGAAAUCAUGGGUUUCGAUACAAUGGGAAAUGUGAUUACAUCCGACACCCCUGGGAGAAAACUGUCAUGGGAAGAAAUUGGGAAACGGAGCGCUAAAGUAAUCACAUUUACUGACUUAGCUGGCCACGAACGUUAUCUGCGGACUACAGUCUUCGGUCUGCUGUCUAGUAGCCCCAAUUAUUGUCUGCUUAUGGUCGCUGCAAAUAAUGGGUUAAUCGGUAUGAGUAAAGAACACCUUGGUAUAGCCUUGGCCUUGAAUGUUCCGAUCAUGGUUGUGGUCACCAAAAUUGAUAUAUGUCCUCCGAAUAUUCUGGAACAAACCAUCCAACAAAUCACCAAAAUUCUGAAAUCACCAGCGGCACGGAAAAUGCCCAUAUUCAUCAACAAUCGCGAAGAGUGUAUCAACACCGCAACCCAGUUUGUCAGUCAGCGAAUAUGUCCCAUAUUCCAGGUUUCCAAUGUCACCGGCGAGAAUCUUAAUCUCGUUCGCACAUUCUUAAAUAUCCUUCCGCAUCACGGACGGUAUGACUCGGACGCUCCUUUCGAGUUCCACGUUAAUGAUACCUUCUCCGUUCCUUUCGUUGGUACGGUAGUAAGCGGUAUUAUCAAGUCAGGGGUAGUACAUGCCGGUGACAGCGUCCUAAUUGGUCCGGACUCGUUGGGUCAGUUUACUCAAACUAGUAUUCGGUCCAUCGAGCGAAAAAGAAUCGGUGUGCCAGCAGCGUCUGCUGGCCAAUCCGCUAGUUUUGCAUUGAAGAAAGUACGUCGGAAAGACGUCAGGAAGGGAAUGGUGGUCUUACCAAAAGUCGAAGGCCAGCCACUUCCUAAAGUCUACCGAGAGUUUGUCGCCGAAGUCUUAAUUCUCUCGCAUGCAACCACAAUCAAAACAAAGUAUCAGGCUAUGCUUCACGUUGGACCGGUCUCGCAGACCUGUGCGAUAAUUGAUGUCGAUCGCCCCUUCAUACGGACUGGUGACAGAGCGACUGUAGCAUUCCGGUUCGUCCUGCGGCCAGAAUACCUGGCCCCGGGCGAUCGACUUCUAUUUCGCGAAGGGCGCACUAAAGGCUUGGGUAUUGUCAAAUCAGUAGGGUACGAUCCCAAGAAACCCCUAAUGGCUAGCCAGUCGGAUGGUAGUGCCGCGCAAGAGCCUGAUGAGAACCAGGGCUCCACAGGAAGAGGCAUUGCGUCGUCUGCGGGUGUGAGGGUUGGCGCUUAGAAUCAAUCAUAAGACCUAACUAGCGGUCCUCGCUGCAGAACUAUGCUCAUCUGGGGAGGUCGCACUAUAGUGUAAGAGCUGGGGUUAUCUCUGGGGAGUUUCAAACGAAGUCAUUAUUAAGAUCCGUCUCGUUAUCAGUUCACAUAAUGCUUUAAGAAGAUAAGAAGGGAUGCAUCAGGGUUACCAGCGGAGUUGGGCGUUUUACUACGGGGGUUUGGGGGAGCGUAAUGGUUCACCCUAGAUACCCUCAGACAUUUAUCUUAUUGUACUUAACUUAUUUCUAGCAUGGAACAUAUCCAAUCGUUUGCAUAGGGGUUUACCUAUAACCUCGUUUCUACUA